ACCUUUCUUUCCUUCUUCCUUUCUUCCCUUCUUAUCUCUCCGCCCCGCUACACCUUCCUUCCCUACAACACUCCCCAGCCAUAGUAUGCUGGAUCUUCCCUCAUAACCAUACGCCCCUCCUUCUCCCCCUACCCGCCCACCCACCCUUGCUAUAUAAACACCGCCUAGACACCGCCCGCCCUUUCCUCACCCUUCUUAGACAACCUUCCUUGUAUCAUCACCCUCGUUUUUUUCCUUCUCUUGUAACAACACACGAUCUUCCUUUCGAUCAUCUGCCUCUGUACAUAUCCUCUCCUUCACCCUGUAUCAUAGUCCUCUUCCCUCGAUCAAAAUACACAUAUACAUACACACAUAGCCAUGGUUACCUUUUCAACCGACUACUGGGCCCCCGCCAUGGAGGUCAACGUCCGAAGACGUGCUGAGAAAUCAUCCCUCGCCUCAGGCGCUCAAUCGCCGUUUCUCCACAACGACGAUCACUGGAAUACUCUCCGACAGGUCCCCACAAUCGAAUCCUCAUCCAGUUCCUCCAACAGCGACCACUACGGAAGCGCAGACUCCCACCCGGUCCUCAGAAAGGCCCUCAAUGGAACCAUCAAAUCCAACAAGUCCUCGGAAUCCGCACCCUUGGCUGUCCCGCAGCAGAAGAAGGCUCAUUCGCUGAUCCACAAGAUCUUUCACCACGAACACAAAUCCAGUUCUAGCAGUCCACCUACUUCGCCCGGAGAUCGUGGCAGUAACCCGAUCGAGGAAGAGGUCGACCCUUAUCUGCUGUCGAAUACCAGUCCGUUGGAAAAGAGAAACAUCUUUAGCUUUGUCCAUGGUCUCGGCAAGGGAACAUCACCCUUUGGAAGCGACCGUGGUCUAGCUCAAGGUGGGAGCAAUCAUGCCAACGGCGCUGGUGAAGCAAAAAAGGUCGAGUGCACUCUCCUGAAGAAAUACGGCCUAUGUGAUAAGGGCAACAUUGGUCAGGGUGCGACGGCCGUGGUGCGACUGGCCCACAAGUUAUCCCAUGACGAGGAGUCCGAGAAACUGUUUGCGGUCAAGGAAUUCCGAAAGCGCAGAAAGAACGAGACCGAGAAGGAGUACGUCAAGAAACUGACGAGCGAAUUCUGUAUCUCCUCAACAUUACAUCAUGAGAACAUUGUCGAGACCGUCGAUCUGGUUCAGGACGAACAGCAUCACUGGUGUGAAGUCAUGGAAUACUGCCGUGGUGGUGAUUUGUACAACGCUAUCAAACAAGGAUACAUGUCAAGAGUCGAAAUCGAUUGCUGUUUCAAACAGCUCCUGAACGGAGUUGCCUAUCUUCACUCUAUGGGUGUCGCCCACCGGGAUAUCAAGCCCGAGAACCUGCUUCUGGACGGCAAGGGCCGACUCAAGAUCACGGACUUUGGCGUCUCGGACGUGUUCCGCAUGUGCUGGGAAAAGACACCGCAUCUCUCGAAGGGUCUCUGUGGAUCGGAACCCUACAUCGCACCGGAGGAAUUCAAGACCAAGGAGUACGAUGCUCGGCGGGUCGACAUCUGGGCCUGUGGCAUCGUCUACUACUGCAUGGUUUACCAAGGAAUCCCAUUCCGUGCGGCUACCUCUCAAGAUCCAAAUUAUCAACACUUUUUGGAGAUGCGUGCGGUCAAUAACUAUGAGCCGUUUGAGAAAUUACCACCGGGCUGUCGUAAGCUGAUGAAGAGAAUCCUGGACCCCAAUCCCGAGACGAGGAUCACGAUAGAAGAGAUCAUGGAGGACGAGUGGUUCAAGAGUAUCGAGUCUUGCGCCCAUGGCGAGAACCAGAACCCCCAUCGCCACUUUGGAUCCAGCAUAUAAAGGCGCUUUUCUCUCUCUCUCUCUCUCUCUCUCUCUCACAAAAUAUAAAUAAAAUGCAUCUUUGCAACCCGUACGCUCCUCUUCAUGUUCUGCCGCAAAUAAAAAAAGGCUUUA